AAUAAAUAGUCUUACAUCAACGCGACGUUCGCACUGGAAGAUUAGGCAAUGAGGCAGUCUCAUCGAGUUCUGUCUUACUUCAUUAUUCCCGAGUUACUCUAGACGAAUGUUGCUAUAGCACCAUUAAACAGGCCACAAAUGAGUCUCUCGGUCUUUCUCCAGUGUUUACUAAACGUAAACACCACGCAAAGUCAGCAGCUGAUUACAUAACCUCUUAACCGACCUACAAGAAGCGAUCUCGGGUUCGUUCGCGGCCACGCGGAUGUGCACGUAUACACACGUGUUUCGGAGGAACUGACGCCCUGAAGACAAGGCCAGUGCGGCGUGUAUCGCUCCACAAGGACGCCGAGUGUUUAGACAGGCCACGACAAAUAAUAUCGGCUGAUCGCUGCGUGAAGGUCACACGUCACAAUGACAAGCCUAUUCUGAGAGCGGCGAUAAGAUAGCGCCUAGUGCCUCAAAGUUUUCGCUGCCUCACAGAGACGCGCUAAUCCACGGCUUACUGGGAAUCAUAAAGAUGGCUUUCCGCAAGCAACUGGCUGUGGGAGCAGCGGCAAACCUAGGUAGCAUUUCAUCAGGUAUGAGUCUGGGGUUCUCCGCCGUGGCGCUACCCGCCAUGCAAGCAGCCCACCACACACCGCACGUGUCCGAAGAACAAGCCUCAUGGAUAGCUUCUCUGGUGUCCCUCGGGAUGCCAGCGGGCUGUCUGUUGAUGAGUCCACUUCUGGACGGACUCGGUCGCAGGCGCACUCUGAUGGUGGUCAACACGCCCGCUGUGCUAGGCUGGCUCCUCAUCGCCACGGCCUCCCGCAGCGAUCCCUGGUUCUUCUACCAGGUGUACGUGGGUCGAUUCCUGACGGGGCUCGCCGUGGGUCUCGUCGGCACCCCGGCAGUUGUCUAUGCGGGCGAAGUGCUGCAAACGACCUGGAGGGCCGUGGUGGUCACGUGGCCCUCGCUAGGGUUAUCCCUCGGGAUCGUGAUCGUGUACGUAAUGGGGUCGCUCUUCCAGGAGAACUGGCGCUUCGUGGCAGGCACAUGCUGCUUCUUUCCGGCCGCCUCCAUCGCCGCGGUGUAUUUCCUGCUGCCCGAGAGCCCCGUGUGGCUCGUGUCGCGGGGCAGGGCUCAGGAAGCUGAAGCCACCAUGAGAUACGUCAGAAAUGUGCCUCGAGAAGACGACCUCCCGGAGGACUUGCAGCAGGAACUGGAUGCUAUGAUGAACAGCAGCACGCGAAUGGAGAGGAACAGCAGCUGGAAGGACACGCUCAGCUUCCUCAGGAGACCCGAGGCCUACAAGCCGCUCCUCAUAUGAGCCUUCUUCUUCUUCCAGCAGUUCUCUGGCAUAUUCGUCGUCAUCCUGUACGCCGUGACGAUUGUCAGGGAGACGGGAGCGCACGUCGACGGUUACCUAGUAACCGUACUCAUCGGCGUCUCGAGGUUGGUCAUGUCCGUCGUCAUCGGCUACGCGUCCACGCGGUGCGGACGUCGCCUGCUCUGCAACAUUUCCGGAGUGGGCAUGGCGCUGUCUGUGGGCGUGCUCGCCGGGUUCCUGAGUCUGACUCACGACGGAAUCAUCGGCCGUGAGGCGGCUGCGUCGUACGGAUGGGUUCCCAUCACAGCGCUUCUUCUGUCCGUCUUGACGGGAAAUUUGGGCUUCCUGACGCUCCCAUUUGCGAUGCUGGGGGAAGUUUUCCCUGCCAAGAUACGGGGAUGGGCGAGCGGUGUCACAACGUUCAUAGCUACCGUCUUCUCCUUCCUGGCUAUCAAGCUCUUCCCUCAGAUGAAGCACUGGAUGGGCUUUCACAACGUGUUCACUUUCUACACUGCGGUGAUUGCCACGGGGACCGUCACCAUGUACUUCUACCUGCCUGAGACGCACGGGAAGACUCUGGAGGAGAUCGAGCAGUGCUUCAGGGGUGGCGACAGGCCUGCAGGCGGAGACAAGGCGGCCGAGCAGCUCGUGGAGAAAGGGUGACGGAAGCGUCAGUUUCGUCGGGGUUCGCGGAUUAUUAGUGUGUAGUCCUGUUAAAGUUGGCAGCAAAAUGAUUCUUGAACAUCAGAGUGCGUGCGUGCAGAAUCCAGCAGUACAAGACACGCGGCUGGCUGUUCAGUUCAGCGUCCUUUCUGAGGGCAAGAGUGGUCUACAACUUCGGGCAUCUCGUUUCUGAAGGAGGCGGGUCACGGAUGCGCCCCGUAAAUCAAAAACUUCCUCGUUUUGUAAUAUCGCAAUUUCCUCAAGUGCUCUACACAAUUAUUCUGUCCCAAAGUUUUAUUUAUUUAUUUAUUCAUUCAUUCACAAAUAAUUGUAAUUCAAGAUUUCCAGGGCGAUAUUCGCC